GGGCUACUUGAAUACCUGGAGGAGCAUGACCUUGAGGAGAUGGCAGAGAUUCCGCUAUUGUUGUUGAUGUUGUGUCUUCAGUGGAAGAAGAAAAAACCUCAAUUACCAACAUCUCGUGCGCAAAUUUACGUAGAAUUUAUUCAGACUCUCUUGAAUCAUAUGGCUACUAAAGACUCGGACGAUGUCGCAACAGAUGAAAGCAUAUAUAAAUAUCAAGAGGAACUUUCCAAAAUAGGAAAACUUGCCUUUGAUGCUCUUUUGGAGGACUGCCUUCAUUUUGACUUCACCAAAUUUCCGCAUGGUGAUCUCUUCGAGAAGCUUAUUCAUGUCGGUUUUUUCCAAGUUUCCAAACGUUCUGCUUUGAACCGUGAGAAGAUCGUGUAUUUUCUUCACAAGUCCGUUCAGGAGUUUCUCGCCGCCUGGUUCAUCGUUCAAGAACUGAAGGUUAAGAAGAAUGAAACCGUCACCUUCUUGUCGGGAAUGGAUACGUUUAAAAAAUCAAGAAAGAUGGCUGAAGUUCUGAAAUUCGUUUGUGAGUUGUCAUCAGAUGCUGUCGGCAUUGUUUUUGAUCAUCUACGUUAUGUCGGAGAGAAAGAAGGUCUCACAAAUUACAAUUUCACUAGGACGCCUUCUGUUCAUGAUUUGUCAGGUGAACAAUACGAGUUUAUUCUACUCUGUGUCGAUUGUUUGUUCUGUUGUCCGGCCUCAAACAGACCAGCUGUGUAUUCUGCAUUUCUCUCACGUGUUAACCAUGUUGUAAUACUUGAUGAGAAACACUCGUCUAUUGCUGCCAAAACGCACUUCUUCAAUAACACCGACAGCUUUCCAAACUAUUUAUUUUGCUCACGUUGGAACACUAAUUAUGAUGAUCUUCUAUCCAUAUGGUUUGACUUGAACGCGGUCGUUUUAACGUGCUCUGGAGAAAUUGAAGAUGUAAAAAAAUACGCCGAUUUACGCCAUGCGGACUUUUUCCUCAAAAAAAGCGAAAAGAGAAACUUUAUCUAUCUUCGUUGCAUAACAAUUCAUGUAUUACACUUUAACCUGCUUUCUGAAUUGAUCUCAGCGCCGGUUUGUCCUUCUCAGCCACCUGUGGAUAAUCUGGGAAAGAAUGAAGACAACAACAUUGCGCUUUCUUUGACUGAGAACAGAUCUGACCAGACGCAACAACAUUGUGUGUCACUGGUGAGAGAGGUUGAUUUAUCGGUGAAAAAAGUUGAGGAUUUUGUUCUGUUGAAGAACUUGUUGCCUUUAGUAACAGCUCCUCGAGAUAUUGCUGUGUGGGGGAGCGUGACAGAUGCCUUGGAAGGUAAUUCGAUUGAGAACGCGAUUCACAGAAUUAAUUUUACUGACAAUCUCCACAGUUUAAAACUUCGUGGUAUCAAUCUAACAGCAAAGUGUGCUGCUUUUAUUGCUGAGUCACUGCAC